CACCAACUUCGCGUGCACACGGUAUAAGGUCGUGUUCAUUCUUAAUUUUUUUCCCCCAAGGGCUUUAUACGACUAGCCUGUUUCCCAUAGCUUCGGAUAAUGCUAGCAUCGCUCCUACGAUCUCUACCGCGGCUUGGUAGGGCAUGGAAGCCCCUCAACUUCUGCAAUCCUAAUUUCGUCCGGAUACCCAUAAGCCGGAGAAUUGAGGAAGAAACGAUGCCAGAUUAUGUUGCUUCCCGAUACUAUCCAGCUCGAAUAGGAGAAAUAUUUAAGGAUCGCUAUCAGAUUGUAGGAAAACUGGGAUUUGGAGCCAGCUCCACGGUGUGGCUUGCGAGGGACAUGAACUGCCGUCGUUAUGUUACCCUCAAGAUCUUUAUCAAGUCUGCAUCGAUGGGACAGCAAUUGGACGAUGAGCUCCAGAUGUACAAACGCAUGGAGAGGGGCUCAAAGAAUCAUCCCGGUCGCAGUGCUGUUAGGUCAUUACUGGACUCAUUUGAUGUUGAUGGGCCCGAGGAUAAACAUCGGUGCCUUGUGCAUCCUCCAUUAUGGGACAGUGUGUUGACCUUUCUGCACCGCAACCCGGAGCAGAGGCUACCUGCUCCAGUCCUGGCAUUUGUGCUUAAGCGCCUGUUUCUGGCGCUGGACUACCUGCAUACGGAAUGCCAGAUUAUACAUUCCGACAUCAAGGCCGACAAUAUCAUGUUCGGCAUCGCUGAUGAUUCAGUUUUCAGUGAAUAUGAAGAAGAUGAGCUUCUGACCCCUUGUCCGAGGAAAGAGUUAGAUGGAAGAACCAUCUACGUAUCUCGGGAACUGAGAAUGCCCAGGAAUUGGGGUGCUCCGGUCCUAUGUGACUUUGGCUCGGCCAUUCCCGGUGGCGUAGAACACACAGAAGAUAUUCAGCCUAACAUCUAUCGAGCCCCAGAGGUGAUUCUGGAGGUCCCAUGGACGUAUAGCGUUGAUAUUUGGAAUGUGGGCUGCAUGAUUUGGAACAUUUUUGAGGGCGAGUCCUUAUUUACUGGCUAUGAUCCAGAGUUUCAGACUUAUCGAAGUCGCGCCCACCUCGCUGAGAUCACAAGGCUGCUUGGGCCUCCCCCGCCCAAUCUUCUUGCCCGAGGGAAGCUAGGCCAUAAAUUCUUUUCUGACGAAGGUAAGCCAAUGCCCCCAUUCCUCCAUUAUCCGCUCAUUAUGUCCGACUUUACAGAUGGCUUCUGUGCCAAAGUUCUGUUAGAAGAUCGGAUUCCGCUUGAAAAGAGGGAAACAACGCUCCAAGGACAAGACAAGGCGAAUUUUUUGCGUCUCAUGCGGAAGAUGUUACAGUGGGAGCCGGCCAACCGUAGCUCGGCUAGGGAACUGCAAGAGGAUGUGUGGAUUUGUAAGACUUUAGAGUAGGCAUCGAGAAUUCACUUCAAGGAGC